ACUUGUUCGGCCGUGUUUGUUAGUUAAAGCUGGAGACCCGUUUCACCAGGACGCGUCGAGAGCGAGUGUUCUCGAGAACGGAAACUGUUCGACCGUGUUUUAUUACAAGGUGUUCUUGAUUGCGCCGAAUCAAAUUAGUGUGUUGUAUUUAACUGUGAAUAAAACCACCAAAAAGCUAUACGUCGGUACAGUGCAACGAUCUAUCCAGUCUCAAAAUGUGUGACCCAAGGUCGUGCUUUCGAAAAUUCCAAAUUUGGAGCAUAGCGGUGCUGCUGUUACACACAUGCUCCGCUCAACAGUAUACUGGAGUUAAAUCUGUUUUGUCCCCUGCUGAAGCGAAUAAACAAUCUGCACACUCAGCUCGCUCUGUGGAUGGUGGCGUACCUUCGGCGGACAGCAAUAUUAUAAAUCUCGCAAUUACACCAUUUGCACGUGGCCAAGGAUUUUCCGCAGCUAAAGGAAGAAAUCUAGGCUUUGCGAACGAUGCUUCUCUUAACGCAAUUCCCGCGGGCAUUAACAAUGAGCUUACAAAUGUAGAUGCGCGAGGAUCAACGCCGCAACCGAACACAGUGCUGCGGGAUAGCUACGGAAAUCCUGUGACACCGUUUACUGACCUAGCAAAGCCGGAACUGGAUUCAGUUGGUUUUCGAACAAAUGUGAAUCGAGACUCAAACCUUCAGCUAUCAUCAAGUCAAGUCGCCAAAGUUGGGCAAUAUAACUUCAAAGUUCCUAGUUACGCGUCUGGCAUAAUAGAGCCUGUUGCGCAACCAAACUAUGGGCUACUGCCACCAAACCCGGUUCCUAGUACGGUACAGGCAGUGCCACCGAGUGGAACGAAGGGCGCAGGGCCUCUUAACACGCAGCAACAGUUUUUACCAAAUGCAAAGAUCCCAAAUAUCGAGGAAGGAAAGAUUCUCUUCGCGCAGAAACCAGUCAAUGGACUAUUGCCCCCUUUGUUUCCGGAUCAAUUACCGCCGGUGUAUGAUGUGAAGGUAGGCACGGAACGGUCGCCAAUUUUUGCACGCGAUCCAUUCGAUGGUUCAUUGACACCGUCAUCUCUGCAACCUACGCGAAAACCAAACACACCGAUAGCAUCCGAUAAUGCAGUAGGAUUCAAAACCGACGUCAAUCAGCAGACAAACUUUCCGCAACCAGGCUUGCCGACAGGAAUACGAUUUUCGGGAUCUACCACUACUGCUUCUUCCAUCUUUCCUACUGUCUCUACUGGAAAACCUGUGGUACAAAAGUACAACGGAGGAUUCGGUGGACCAGCCGGAUUUCUUGGUAACCAGCAGAAUAUUGGUACAGCUUAUACAUCAACUGUGAGACCGAUUUUGUCUCAACCUGUCCCCUCCGCUGCACAACCACAGCCAUCACGUCCACAGCCCGUAUUUACGACCCAAAACAGCUUCCCUACAACAGCUAGGCCAGAUACGAAACCUACAAUUCAAAAAUAUAUGGGCAGCUUUGGGGGAGCUCCUGGAUUCUUGGGCAAUCAAGCGAACAUAGGCACAGCUUACACAAAAGAUCCACAAACGUUCCCCGUUUCCAGUACCGUUGCUCCCGUUCAGCAGUUUCCGCCUGUGCAGCACGUUGGAUCCACUCAUCCUGCUCCAGUUGCUUCUACCCCUGUUAACAGCGUUCCGGGACGACCUCAAGCUCCGAUUGUGCCACCAACGCCUAGCACAUUCAAUGUGCCAUUCAAUGCAAAUCCCGCCAGCCAAGGCUCAGGCGUUAGACCGGUGGUGCCCUCGACAUUUAUCGCGAAUCAGCAUCCGGUGAAACCAGUACCCGUAACGAACAGCUUUAACGGUGGAAAUAAGUUUACGGGAAGCUUCGGUGGUGCACCGGGUAUUUUGGGUAAUCAGCAACGUCCUGGAACUAAUGUUAAUCCGGACGGUACCGUAUUUUCACCCGUCCAAUCACAAACAGGCCAAAAACAUCAGCAUCAACAGCAACCUUUAAAUCAGCAGUUCCAACAAUCGAAACCAAUCACAGAGACAUUUACCGGUAGCUUUGGUGGACCACCCGGCGUACUGCGUCCGUUUGAUAAUACUAAGGGGUAAUGUGGUUAUCUAUUAUCAAGAGGAUCGAAAAUGUAGUUUUCCAAAAUGGUAAGCUGGUAAAAUUUGAUAAUUGCUUAUUGCUGAAAGUAUUACAUGAGCAGAUCUUCAAUGAUCGUUUUCUACAAGAAAAGUCGUAUCAUUUUACUAUAGUACGUACUAUAUUCUCUAAGAGUAAAGAAUGAUUAUAUCAUUAUUAAACCCUGCAUUUAAAUGGUGCAAAUUUUCAUCAUAUUACUCCACGAAAUUAUUAUAAAAUGAAUAAAAGUAAUAGUCAAAAAAUUAAA